AUGGCUUCAUCCAACAAAUCCAGUGCAGCAAAACACUGCAAACUCCUCAUAAUUUCAAGCCUAGCUAUAUUCUCAAUAUUCACAAUCUCCCUCCCAAAUCACCUAAUCAAUCCCAAUUUCCUUUUCACCAUUCACAAAAAAUCCCCUCAACCAACUCCUCCCACAAAUCUCAGCCACCUCGCCUUCGGAAUCUUAGCUUCCGAAGGCGGCUGGCACUUCCGCAGAAGCUACAUCGAGUCGUGGUGGAGGCCGAACGAGACACGCGGCCACGUGUACUUGGACUCACCCCCCACGGGAGACCUCCUCCCGUGGCCGGCCCGGUCCCCACCCUUUAAAGUGUCGGACAACCUCACCGAGCUGUCGAAAGAGGCGAGGGCCGUGGCCCCGAUGGCGGUGAGGAUCGUCCACGGGAUAAAGGAGGUGGUGAGAGACGUGGGCGGAGACGACGGGAGUGUGAGGUGGGUGGUGAUCGGAGACGAUGACUCGAUAUUUUUUGUGGAGAAUUUGGUGGAAGUGGUGGCGAGAUAUGAUCACACGAAGCACUACUACGUGGGCGCGGCGUCGGAGUUUUACAUGUCGAAUGUUUGGUUCUCGUUUAAUCAAGGGUUUGGUGGGGCUGGGAUUGUGUUGAGCUUUCCUCUUGCAAAGGCGUUGGCUGAUGAUAUGGACAAUUGUAUUAAGAGACAUGCGCCGUUUUUUAUUACCGCUGAUAUCAUAAUUAACGCUUGUAUUGGUGAUCUUGGAGUUGAUCUCUCCCCUGAAUAUGGACUUCAUCAGGUAACCCGUUUUGAUCAAAUACGAAGUAUUUGUGAUAUAUAG